UGCGGAAUGAAUUCCAUGGCUCGUCUUACCUGACCACCGAUUCUUCGAGACAAAUCUGAACUUGCCCUCAUGUUCUUCCCAGUUUGGUACUCUAAUCGGGUGUGAUCUGACAUGGAGGUUCCAAUGGCAGACAGCACAUCGACCUCUCGGCGCAAGGAGACCAAAGUCAACGUCAACAAGUUGACUGCUAUCGAAUGCCCUGUUAAUGGGGGAAACUGCAGUGAGGCAGAGCUUUUGUUGGAGCUAGGGGUUGAGAAGAGGCCUGAUGGACUCGUUCACUGGACAAGCGAUAGCAAAGACCACCCACGAAACUGGUCUGCUCGGAGGAAAGCGUUUGACACAACUGUCAUCAUUCUCUUCGAAUUUUAUACCACGGUCAUAAGCACGACAGGAGCCGAGGUUGCAAAUAUUGCCGGCCCAGAAUAUGGAUUUGACAGACGACAGGCUUUGAUUGCCUUUACAUUUAUGUACCAAUUUGGCCAAGCAAUCGGAGGAUGCUUAAUCCCGCCACUCUCGGAACUGGUCGGUCGACGGAUCCCCUAUCUCGUAUCCUGUGCUGCAUUCAGCAUCUUCUGUCUCCUCAUUCCACUCGUCCCCUCGCCGAUAGUUGCCUAUAUCGGCCGGUUCGUCACAGGAUUUGCGUCAGCGGUUCCAUCCGUCGUCAUCGCGGGCAGUGUUGAAGACAUCUUCAAUACGAAGCGCAGGGUAUGGAUCCUCAUACUAUGGAACGCUGGGACAACAGCAGGACUCUGCUUCGGCCCCAUUUAUGCGGCUUAUAUCUCGGCCUCGUUCACGUGGAAAUGGGUGUUCUACAGUGCCGCCAUUGUUACAGCUGUCAUGUUCCUGGCACUCUUGGGAGUCAAGGAGAGCAGGCCGAGCAUGUUGAUGAGGCGCAAGAUGCAUAAGCUUCGCGCCAAUUUCGGGUUGACCGACUUGAAGUGGCAUAACCCGGACUCGUCACCGAAUUUCAGGACCAUGGUCGACCUUGUUGUAAUCCGACCAGUCCACAUUCUGCUCACCGAGCCCUUGGUCAUCAUGGUUGCGAUCCUGUCUGCCACAUCCUGGGGACUCAUCUACCUGUUCACGGAGUUUCUCAUCCCGGUUUAUAUGUCCAUCGGCUUUAUGCGGACUCAAGCAUCUCUGUCCUUCCUGGGAAUUGUUGUGGGUGUGCUAUUCACCUUUAUGCCCCGACUCUGGGAUGAAAGGGUUAUUAGGGCAAGACAACGGAGACAAGAACAUGUUGAGCCUGAGGAUAAGAUUAUGGGCUUCGCCUUUGCGGCACCAGCUCUGGCAAUGGGACUAGCAUGGUUCGCCUGGACGAUUCCCCCUUUCGUGGCAAACCCCCACUGGGUUGUCCCCACGCUAGCCUUGAUACCGAUAGGAUUCGCCGUCAACGAAAUAGCAUACACGAUGAGCGGCUAUCUCGCCGACUCGUACCUCCUAUACAGCGCGUCAGCGUUCUCUGGCCUGGCCUUUGUCCGGGCCCUUGUCUCGGGGCUCAUGCCACUUAUAGCCCUCGAGAUGUACGGCGGUCUCAAUGCCAAUAUCGCGGGGACUAUCCUUGCUUGCAUUUCGGCGGUAUUCUGCGUUGCUCCUUGGAUAUUCUUCCGUUUCAGCAAGAGGCUGCGGCAGAAAAGCCCCUUUGCUUGCUAUAGUCUUGACAACCAUCGGCGAACGCAGGUUGAAGAGGAUUAAUAUGGGCCCCUCGCACGCGCAGGCAAUCUGGAGUUUAAGUUAAAAGGGGCAUGCACGCAGAGGACGGACCUUCUCAAGAACAAGAUGACGGGCCGGCAGCUUGAUGACGUGCGGAAAGUAGACUACCAAAAUUCUGAUAAGUUAGACACAGAGGCCGGCCGUAAUAUAUUCCUGGGGCCUUUUCUUCACCCCUGAGGUAUCAAAAGCCAUGGACACCCCGGCUCAUUUCGGUGAUGAACUCGGCGGUAGUCGGUUUUCGGAAACUGCCUUCAUGAAUCGAAACUGGUCGACAAGCGGGAGGCGAGGG